AUGUCUCUUUUUAUCCAAUCAUCACAAGAGGAUGGAGGAGAGCAUCAUGGAAUAGCUUCUCAACGAAAUGAUUUAAACCUAUCUCUACCUAGACAAAACACAUGGAGACCCCGACCUCAAGUAAACUUCUCAGCAACCACAAAUCAAAUUGCUCACCUUUCGGACGUGUUUCAGAGUUUAAUAUCCAUCAACAAUCAAGCCAUUGUGACCAUACAAUCUAGUGGAAUUACAAUAUAUUCAACUUAUAAUUACACAAUCAACGUUCAUGUGAAUAUUGACUCUGGAUUAUUUAGCCAGUAUAAUUUGACAUCAGAUCAAGAGAGCAUAAGUGAAGAAAAUGCAGAUUUGGAACUACGACUAGGAGUUGAUAUUAAUCUUAUAGCCAACUGCUUUACGUCGGUACUAAAUACCAUGAAAUCAGAAGCAUCUAUCUCAUGUACCAUUACGUACAAGGGUGAUGGGUACCCAUUGGUUAUCGAAUUUGAAGACACAUACAUAUCCGAAAGACUAGAUUUCUACACAUUUUACAUAGACGAAGAUGAAUUAGUUGAAAAUGAGCAACGAGGAGCUUCGCGAAUCAAUUAUGAAAAUAUCGUACUCGAAAUCAUGCUCAAAAGUGAUGUAUUGACAAAUUUAUUACAAGAUUUAUACCAAAUCGAUACUGAGAUUCUAUUUAUUUAUUGUGCUGAUGGUAUACUAAACUUUAUAAGUAGUGGAUCUAUUGGAAUGUCAAAGCUUAUCUUCCCGAAUGAGAAAUCAAUAAUGGAAAAAUUAACCGUUAGUUCCUCAUAUCAACAUAUCAUAUCUCAGUUUAAGUUUGGCGAAUUUUACAAAAUCUUCAAAGCAGUACGAUUGAGUUCUAAAUGCAAGUUUAUUAAAGAUGCCGAUGGAUGCUUUUCAAUCCAAUUGAUUUGCAAAAAUCAUCAGCAAAGUAGUUACCCAGGCACUUUGUUGACGAUAAACAUGACAGAAUUGGACCACGAUGAGCAUUUAAUCGAUUGGAUCUUACAAGAUGAAAUGGAUCAAGCUGGUAAAAACCAGACACAGCAAGCUGAACCACCCUUGAUGAAUAUACCUCGAUUGGGUCACGAGCCGUUGAUAAAUUCAUUUAAGCGGACAGGUGAAGGGGAUACAACAACGGGCGCCCAUGAGACAAGUAAUGGAAGCAAGAGAAGUCGCCAACAAAUUGGGUCCAAGAAAAAAGAAAGAUCAAGUAACUUACCAUUGUUUUUAUAA